UGACUUGCUUACACUGCUGAAUAACCUUCACUUUAGCGAGCUGUAGGACAAACUACAUUCGAGAGGAGAAAGGAAACUUUGAAUAGAAGGAUCGAUCAAAAUAUAUCACAUAAUUGAGAAGGGUGUGUGUGUGUGUGUGUGUGAUCUUAUGUAAUCGGAAUCACUUGCACAUUACGUAGUGAUCUCUAUAUAUAAAAGUAUAGCCCAAACUCAAAGAGCAAAGCAACACAAAACAAAAUAAAAUAAAGAUGAGCUUUAUGGUUGUUUCAUCACCUUUGAAUGCUCUAUCACUUUCCAAACUAAGAGUAAACUCCAAGCACUCUUCUUCACCCUCUAAGGCUCUUUGUAUUUUAUCUUACAAGAUUUCUCUUGAAUCCAGCUCCAAAUCUUCAUUUAUCCAUGGUGAUUUCACUUUUCCUUCACCAAAUUUCUCAACAUUUGUAUCAAAGUAUCCAUCUUUGAAUAUUAUCACUGCCCAAACCUCUCCACUUGGAGAACAUAUUAUCUAUGAUUUCCAAGCAAAGGUAAAGGGAAGAGGUCUCUCACUCAGUUGCUUCAGAGAGAAAGUUGUUUUGAUCGUCAAUGUUCCUGAUAAAGGUUCUGUGUGGACAGAGUCGCAGUACGAAUUACUUCAUUAUCUCUAUGACAACUAUAAAUCUCAAGGGUUUGAGAUAGCUGCAUUUCUCUAUGAUAAGAAAGAAACUGACAGGGCAGGAUAUAGAUAUGCACAAAAGGCACCACCAGGAGGCCAGCUGCAGAUUAGUGCUGCUAAGUUUCGAUUAUUCGACAAGGUAAAAGUCAAUGGUCGAAGGGCACAUCCACUUUUUGUACAUCUGAGGUCGAAAUUUUGUAGAGGAGAACUUAUCAAGACUGAAUUUCAGAAGUUUUUGGUGGAUAAAAAUGGAGUACCUUACAAAUACUUCGGAUUGGACACUCCACGUCGUGAGAUAGAGGAAGAGGUUAAGCAUUUACUCUUGGAGGAUGCAGUUUGACAAGUUUAAGCUUCUUCCUAGGAUGGCACAUUAUUUACUUUGACCUUGGCGUUUUCAGUUCUUACUUAUCUUCAAUUUUUUGUUUAUCUCUUGGAGAACACGUGUUAAGAUAAGCAAUUUAUGUCUGAAUUA